AUGCUGGGUUAUUUAAAGGAGAAAAUUCAUAAGAGAAUAGAAGGGUGGGAAGACAAAUUAUUGUCUCGGGCGGGUAAGGAAAUUCUUAUAAAAUCAGUGGCUCAACCUUUGUCGUCCUAUGCUAUGAAUGUUUUCCUUCUGCCUUUAGAGCUUUGCCAUGACAUUGAGGUCAUGAUGAAUAGGUUUUGCUGGGCUAACUCGUCUAAGAAGAGGAAAGAAAUUCAUUGGAUGUGUUGGGAUAGGCUUACUAAGCCAAAAACAGUUGGUGGAAAGGGUUUUUGUAGUCUCCGCGAUUUCAAUCUUGCCCUCCUUAGUAAGCAAGGCUGGAGGUUUCUUAGUAAUCCUGACAGUUUGGCGAGUAGGAUCUUUAAGGCCCGUUACUUUCCUAACAACUCUUUUUUGGAGGCCGGAUUGGGUAAAUCAGUCUCUAGUUUAUUGAUUUCUGGUGUGAAGGCUUGGGAUGUGGAUAUCCUUACUGACUUGUUUAAUGAUAGGGAUAGAGAGCUGAUUACUAAUAUCCCUUUAAGUGUGAACGUUGAGCAGGAUACUUGGCAUUGGUCCAAAGAAGUUUCGAGAUUGUUUACAGUCCAGAGUGCUUAUAAUCUUCUGAAAUAUUUGCAUGGUCAGUGGUACACAGAUAAUAAUUCUGGGUUCUGGCGCAAGUUAUGGCAGCUCAAGAUACCACCUGAGGUUCGGAAUUUCAUUUGGCGAGCUGUUGCUAGGUGCCUCCCCACGCGUGUUGACUUACGCUUGAAACAUGUUGAUGUGGACAUUGAGUGUCCUAAAGCCAGGAAUGACUUGAUUUGGAAGCAUACAAAGCCUUUGGUUGACCAAGUAUUAACUAUGAGCAAGUCUUGUCUUCAUCAAUCUUCUCAGCUUGCUCGGUGGGGAGCGGAGUGUAAGGAGCGCUGGACUAAACCUAACGAUGGAAUAGUGAAGAUCAAUGUUGAUGUUUCUGUACAUGAAGCUCAUAACAUAUUCGGUUUCAGUUGUAUGGCUAGAGAUAGUAAUGGUCAUGUCAUUGAAGCUCUGGUCGGAGGAGAGGUAAAGUUGCUUCAGUUUUGGGUGAAGCUUUGA